AUGGCAGAAGGAACUGAUUGCCGAUUUCGUGGUGCCUUUCAGAACGAAGGGGGAAUUGACACCUUGCGGUCCAACAGGAAAAACAGUAUUCCUAGACAAGUUUCAACCGAUACCAAUUAUUACGGUUUACGAUGCUUGGUGUCUCCUUUGGAAUUACGCGCAUCGGCCCUCAAAGAAGAUGACAGUAGAGGAGCAAAUCAAAUAUCUAUACGAGAGUCAGGAACGCUUAGCACAGAGUAUAAUGAUAGUACAGCCAGAUCCAAUAUUGCGUCCGGCAACAGUGAACCUCACAUACUCAAAUCAAGUAUCGAAACGGAAAGGCGAAGUGAAAUUCAUAAUGCGUUCGUCGAUUCGUUGUCAGCCAUCAGUAUCAGUGAUAACGGAGGUGGUAAAUACAAGGAUGGAGAAAAUACAGAUAUUACGUUGGGCGAAGAACUUGAUGCAUUUAAAGAUAAUUCUCGUAUUGCAACCUUGGUUGAUUAUGAAGUUCUUGAUAGUGAUCCUAAAGAACUAAUUUAUCAUAUAAGAUGUGUUGCUAAUUUCGGCUUUGAUCAUAUAAUUAUUAUCGGGGAGACAGAGUAUGGAAUGAUCUUUUUAGACUGUUAUGAUCGUGUUUUUUUAUGGGAAAAUGAGAGUCAAAUGUUAUGGCCACUUGGUAAUUCUCCUGAAGAAGCAUCGAAACGCUUAGUUAAAGGGGUAGAUCAGGGCAAUGUUGGGAUUCGAAUUAUUGCAAUAGAUUUCUCAGCCGGAGAUCUCAGUUUCAAGAUUCCGAGAAUGAACGUAAUUCAGAAUUGGAUGAUGAGUGGAUAUGAUGGGGGUGAACUAUGCUUCCCGCAACUCCAGAUUAUCGUUCCACUUUGCCCAGGACAAGUCGUGGCAUUUUCUUCCCGCCUUCUACUCCAUGGAAAUUUUCCCGUAACUCGAGGGAUCCGGCACCGUAUCGUUUAUUUCGUUCAUAGUAUGUUCUUCCACCACCUGCGUAAUUUUACCGAGAUUUACAAAGAUCGAAAGGAUGGAAUUGAGCGAGAUGUGAAUGGAUUGGUUGUUCCUAUAAUCCCUCAACAAGACCUAAACGAUGCUCAUGGAUUAAAUCGCCAGGUUAGACUCGACAAACCGAAAGCCAAUCAGAUUCGAGUUCCACCGUCAUCCACUGAUUGUAGGAGAGGGUAUAUCGACUUGAGACGAGCGCGAUGGGGUUUAAAGGCCGAGGAUCCUCUUUCUGAUGGGAUACUUAUAUAG